GCGUGCUAUUUUUACUUGUGAUUGUCACGGAUCUCGGCUCUUUUUCCCCGUCUGUGCGCCAGCUCUUCCAUUGACGUAACGCCAGCUUAUCUUACACAAUCCCAUGUCAUCCGCAAUCUUUCCCAUUUCCUGCAUCUCCAAACCCAAUUGAACCCUCUCACCAUGUCAUGACACGGCCAAAAUGCUUCCAGAACCAACACUCACACUAACCCUCCCCAGCAUCCACGAUGGCAUCACCCUCGACUGUCGAAUCUAUCAUCCUCUCUCACUGUCCGCGAAUCCCAAAGCUCCAACAUGGCUGAAACAUGCUGCUGUGGUUGCUCAUCCUUAUGCGCCUAUGGGAGGAUGCUAUGAUGACCCUGUGGUUGGAGCGGCAGCUGCGCAGUUACUACGGAAGGGGUUCUUAGUAGGGACUUUUAAUUUUCGAGGUGCACAUGGAUCUGCGGGACGGACUUCAUGGACUGCGAAACCCGAACGAGACGAUUAUGCUACCGUUGUCGCUUUUGUUCUACACUACGUUCACGACCUCGAUCCCUUCCGACCGCACAUCGACAAUACCCUCCACAGCGAACCCUCCACGCCGACAAGGUUAGAAGCACCGAUUAGUCUCGACGCAGCUGUCACUUCAGCACCUCGACCACGACCAAUCUUGCUUAUGGGAGGUUACUCCUACGGCGGAAUGGUCGUAACGCUGAUCCCACCCCUCGACGCAAUUCUCCGGCCGUUCAUAUCGCCCAUCGCAGGCUCCGACGCCGCAGAAGUUCGACUUCGAGCUGCGCAUCUUGCUGAGCAGCAGAACAUCGUGCUUGCGAGUGCCCGUGCAGCAAUGAUUGAGGGGUCAGCGCGGGGGAGGAGUAAGCGAGGUGUAAGAAUUGGGGGCGACGAGAGUGGGAGUCCACGACGAAGUCAUUCCAGUGCCAGGAGGAGCUUUUCGCUGGACGAUGAGAGGUUUAGAAAGGGUGUUCACGAUUUCAUCGCCAAGGCUCGAGCUGGGAGACAUUCGAGAAACGUUUCGCAAAAUCCACCUACGGCUGUCGUACCGCCUGAGCCAGGAGAGCAUCUCCCUCGUAUUACGGAUCUCACCAUGCCACGACCUGCUUACCUCAUGAUCUCACCUCCCCAAGGCGUGGUGACACACCUAGCGACCAUGUCACUUCUCCCGUCAGCGUUAGUGAAGAACAAGGAUCCCCAGGAUGUAGCGGCUGAAGAAAAGCUGAUUAGGAAUUCGUCACUUGUGAUCUUUGGGGAUGAAGAUGGGUUUGCGCCUGUGGGGAAGUUUAGAAGUUGGAAGGCGAAGAUGGAGGGCAAGAUGGGAUCGCAGUUCAGGGGGAGGGAGAUUGAGACGGCAGGACAUUUUUGGGUGGAGGAGGGGGUUUUGGAUCAGUUGAGGGAGAGGGUUGGGGAUUUUGCUGAUGAGUUACUUGCGGGAUAGGAAAUUUACAGGCGUUUUCUUGGGAUGUUGGAGUAAUAUGGACUACGGGGCUUAACGGACAGUUUGAAUCUAUAGUCGGUAUAUAGCAGGGGACUGUGUGAGAGAUGAGUAAUGAAUCAACAGACAAUAUCUCAAUGGCACGGAACUGAUUCGAUAAACACAAUGACAGGCAAGUU